AUGAAUGCCCAGCUUCCAAAACAAAUGAAAGCAGUGGUCAUCGGGAAUGGUAAAGCAGUUGUAAAGAAGGACUGUCCAAUUCCUGAGAUUGAAGAUGACUUUAUGCUAAUAAAAGUCAUUGCAGUUGCUGGUAACCCUUCGGAAUGGAAACAUAUAGAUAUGAAACUUGGUCCAGAAGGUUCCAUUUUAGGUUGUGAUGCAGUUGGUAAGGUUUUGAAACUGGGAUCUAAAGUCGACACAAAUCAAUUUCAUGUGGGAGAUAUUGUUUUGUCCUUUGUUCAUGGUGCUUCAAACCAGCGUCCAAAGAAUGGUGCAUUUGGAGAAUACAUUGCAGUUGACCAAGCUACAACAUAUAAAGCUCCUGCUAACAUAAAGCAUACCGAUUUAAAAAAUCUGUAUUAUGGUCCUUGCAACACAUUCGAGGGUGCUGUAGCUUUACCAGUGUCUCUAACUACAGCUGGUAUUGUGAUUCACCAUGAUAUGGGCUUAAAGUUAGCUUGGGAACCAAAAGAACCACAACAUGAUUUCCCAAUAUUAAUUUGGGGAGGUGCCACAGGUGUUGGCCAAAUUUUAGUUCAAUUGGCCAAAAAAAUUCACGGAUAUUCAAAAAUUGUUGUUGUUGCAUCAAAGAAACAUGAAGAAAUGUUAAAAUCUUUUGGUGCGGAUGAAGUUUAUGAUUACCAUGAUGAGAACAUUGCCCAAGUUAUUAAAUCAAAAUAUCCAAAUAUUCAACACGCUAUCGAUACUGUAUCAACUGAACAAACAUUUUCAACAACAUACAAAUGUGUAGAUGAUGUUAAUCCGGUGUCAUUGAUGCAAUUAUUAUUUUUAUCAGAAAAUGAUAUACCAGUUGAAGACAGAAAACCCAAUGUAAAAGUUUUAAGCACCAUGAUUUAUAAAGUCUGUGGCAUGGAUAUCAGAAUGGCUGAUUUCAAAUUUCCUAAAGAUGUAACAUAUAGAAAAGAUACCUUUGAAUUUGUUAAAUUCAUCAGACCUUAUGUUCAAAAUGGGGAAAUUAAGCAUAUGCCUGUCAAGGUGUUUGAUAAUGGGUUGGAAGAUAUUCCAGAAAUUACAAACAUGAUUAGAGAUGGAAAGGCAGCGGGAGUUAAAUUUGUUACUGUUUUAUAA